AUGCUAUCCUUUGCUGUUGCAGGCUCGGUGAACGAGGCCGGUGUUUUCACCCUCCGUGGCAGACAGGAGGGCGGACGGCGUGCUAGAAGAACCACGACGAGCACCACCAGCACAACGGCGUCCAGCUCGACGUUGAUUUCUCUGUCGGACGAGGUGGCGCAGCCUGCGGCCCUUUUAGCCCCCGAAGAGGACUUAUGGUCUACCAGUUCUUCCGCUACAACCAAUGUUCCAGUCUCCUUAGAUACAGCUGCCGCUCCGUCAAAGCCACCCCUGGAACUGAUGGUGGAACCUCACAGCAAGACCAUACUGUCGUGCGAGCUAGAGGAAAAUUACUCGUGGCUACUGUUGCCCGGGGCCAGGACCUACAGAAUACGGCCAGUGACAUGGUUGCACGAGGGAAGUCCGGUAGAUAUGAUUACAAUCAACACGAGAACGGAGGUGAGCGGGACUGGACAUAGAUACAUCGGCGACUCUAUCACAGCUGCGUUGCAUAUAGACAACGUGAGAUUAGAAGACGACGGUAUGUGGGGUUGUACGCUCGAGAUCGACCAAGGGAAGAUACUUUCCGGCAGGCUGGUGAAGCUCGUCGUUCUCGAUGCACCCCGUGGGACGUACCUGCUGAUAGAUGGUCGUCGGUUGGACCCGGGUAACCAGUUCGUCCCUGUGAAGGAGGGCUCCGAGCUGACGUUGGAGUGUGCUGCCGAGGGUGGAAACCCACCGCCCGAUUUAGCAUGGUCGAUGACCCUGUCUCAGGCCAUUUUGGACGGUCCGGAGCAACUGCCGGACAAUCUGACCGUGUUGCCCUCGACGUCAGGCGGACGCAGCGGGGCUCACCUUAAGGUCCUGAGGGGUCACCAUAACGCCACGAUCUCCUGCGUGGCUCGUCACAUCACUCUGAAGACACCCAUGAAAGCGAGCAUUCUCCUGGACGUCCAAUAUACUCCGUCGUUCGCGAUAACGCGUUUACCUGGUUUUGGAAAUCCGAUCGUCGAGGGGAUGUCCGUCGGCUUGAAAUGCGAGGUGGACAGCAACCCGGCCAGCAUGCCGAUCUGGCAGCGUGACAAUGGACCACCGCCCGUCGAGCAGAGCGACGACGGAUGGCUGAACUUCACAAAAAUCAGCCGCGCCGAGAGCGGCUGGUACAAAUGUUAUACCAGGCACAUGCUCGACAUAUUCACCAGCAUCGGUUAUUAUCUCAAUGUACGCAAUGGUCCAGAUAUGGGAACAGAAGCGGAAGCGUUGAACGGCGAGGCUACCGAUUCACGGAAGAUGGAAGUUCAGAUCGGGGGCGCUGUGACUCUGGAGUGCGACGGUGGUUGCUGGGGACACGGUCCUGGAAUGGAUCCAGUCGGUGGUCCCGGUCCGCUGGCUCUCAGUCGAGUCGUUUACCAGGAAGCUGGCGAGUAUCGAUGCGUCGCACCUGACAGGAAAAUGCAGGACACCUGGCGCGCACAGUUGCCCUAUCACAUCAAAGUCACCGGUCGACCCAUGGUUCAUCCAGCUAGUCAAACAGUGACGGCGAAAGAGGGUGAAUCGCUGAACAUCGUGGUCGAAUUUUGCGCCGAGCCGAUGUACACCAAGGUACUCUGGAUGUCGAAGGAAAACGUUUACAUGCCCGGUGCCGAGGCCAGGGACGGGGUCCAAGCUCUCGCUAUCGAGGACGGUGGCACGGAGUCCUGUUACAGAACGGUGCUGAGCUUCGACACGAUUCAAUGGUCUCACGCCGGCGAAUGGUUGCUGCUGGUACGCUCGUCCGAAGGGAUUUCGGACGCAUCCGUUUUGUUGAACAUGACUCGCGCCUCCGAGUACAGUCACGCUCACUUCCGGUCAGCGAGUCUCACCUGCUUGUCGAUGUGUCUGGCCCUGGUCAUCCUCCAGCAGCAUCGUCGCUGAAACUCGGUCUGGCCGGUACGUCGGAAACGUUGCCUGCGAACACUGCCAUGGAAGGGGGGUCGAACUUAAGAAACGAACUUUCCUUUGUCGACCGCGGGGAACAGAGGGGGAAGGAAAGUCAGAGUUCCGUCAGUAUUUCCGCGACUUGGGCGAUUGUAAAUAUAAAAUAUACGAAUUGAGCGAAAGCAUGCGAGAGAGAGAGGGAGAGAGAGAGAGAGAGAGAGAGAGAGAGAGAGCGAGAGGAACAGUUAGGGAUGAAAGGGGAGAGAGCAAGGGCGAGGAGGAAUGUUUCGUAUUGGCGUGUUCUUGACGCGAGGCGAGACUCGAUGACGAUGCAACGAGAAAACCCUGUUUAUUAUGUAUCGAAAAGGGUGAGCGCGCUUAAACGAGAAAGCCUUUUAUCGACGCUGUCGUUGUCGAUGAACGAUGCAGAGCUUCCGGCGACGACGAUAA